CUAAACUCGGAGAUAUCGACGGUGUUUGCGAAUGGAACCGCAAUUAGCGUUGAUUAUGGCCAGCAGAGUUGAUUGACAUUUUGUAGGCAAGUCCGUGCUGCUCAUGUGUGUAUGUGUUUGUCUGUCUGUCCGUCCGUGUUUGUCCCGGCUAGCCGCUUCAAUAUUAACCGCACCCACGCAAAGCCAUGUGAAUAUUGAUCCUGGUCCGCUCUGCUGUCCUGCCAUACCGACGAUUAUUAAUAAUGGUCACGCGCGCGGAAAACUUUGCAUUGCAAUUUCUCAGUAGUCCCAGUAGUCAGUUGCCAUCGCGUUGUGCCGCCAAACGGCUGUGUCCUGGAGGACUCGGUUACCUACGGAAAAUCCAAUCCUGCGAAAAUCAAUACUAAUGAGCCAUUAAACGUGGCCUCAGCUGCAGUCGGCCGUAGUCUAAUGAGCUGAGCGCCGGCGGAAAUUGAAUGUUGGCUCUAACCAAGCGGCUGCAGCAGGAAAUCACAUCGGCAUCGCUUUUAGUCAUCUCUCCGCCGAACGGAAACGCCAAAGGUAAAAGUAUCGGAAGCACUAAAACGGAAGUCUUAGGCGUAAUGCCUUGCGCCUGAGUGGAUGCGUAGCAUGGGCUGCUCCAGUUCCAAGACCUCCGCCACCGUAGAAGACACCCACUCAUCGAAGCCCGGUUCGGCCAAGUCCAGUGAAACUAGAAUGGACGCCAAGAAGGAGUACCCUGCCUCCGAGGCCUUCACCAUUCCGCUGGAGAGCGAUGACAAUCCGGAGAUGCCGCUAAACGAGACGGUGCGCCAGCCGCCGAAGAGGAUUCAGCAGCUGAUGCAGGAGGCGGCCAGCUCGGAGCCACUCACCCUGGAGGAGCUGGAGGAGAAGCAGCUAAAGGCCGAGCAGCGGCGCCAGGAGCUCAUGCAGCACAAACUGGAGAUCAUACAGAAGAAUGCCCAGAUGCUGAUGAGGCCUCAUGGGGAAAGGGAAACCGCUGGCGAAGGUGAAGGUGACCGGAACGAAGACGAGGAGGAACAGCCCGAGAAGGUCUAGAGAUACUUAAACUUCUUUUUCAUUCACAUUUUUAUUGUUAGCUUUAAAUUAUAUAUGUAUUACUAUAUAUCGUAGUAUAUUUCCAAACAAUUAGAUUGUAUGCAAUUAAAUCUGCUCUCGUCGUCAAAA